GGCGCAUCUAAUUACCCGCAUCUCCGAGAUCACGGACAUCAUGAUGUGCACGUGCCUUCGCGACAGUGUCGGCCGGAUAGUAUUUAUUGGUGAACCUCGUGCAUACAUUUCUGGAGGAACGAAAGUUUGCGACAGGCCAGGACCUGGGUCUGUGUCCUUACUUACCGAUCCUCUCCACCACGUUGCCACUCAGUACACAGAAACGUAUGAUCCUCGUCGCCUGUCUCACGGUCCUCGGAACAGCAUUUUUAUCGGGGAAAACACGAGGGCACUUUUAGUGCCUCCUUGGGGCUGACUGAUUGUCGUGCAUUUGUUUUGGUGCCGGGGCCGCUCCCUGGGAACUAGAUCGUUCGAUCCCGCAAUUGGAAACAGUCCGUUCAUGUUUUGACAGGUCUCCAAAACUAGAAUGAUGAACACGGGACUGGUGCCGUGGGCCGUGGCGGUUUGUUUUAACCUUUUUCUCCGUGCGGUUCACCUGUCCGGCAACCCUGAGACGCACUCGAAUAAGAAAACUCGCGACCAGCUUACUUACUCCUCGCUGAUCUUCUGAAUUCUUGUGACACAUCAACGCGUUCAACUGGAUUUAUACUUUGGGCGUGGCUCUACUUGCGUGUGGUAAAAUGUCCGUCAAACACCCAAAAAGUUUCGCCUUCCAACACUUUCGGCCUCGCCUCACUGUAAUUGCCUUCGAUCAAAGUUCGCGGAGAAUUCAGAUGUGCAUGCAACGGUGCUUUUAUAACGGCGUUGGUCAAUUUGAGCCCCAAAUCGCUAUGAAAAUCAGCCAGCUCUUGUGCGCACCACCGCCCUCCUCCACGGCCCACUCUCGCGAGCCGGACGAUGCCGGUAGUAGUCACGGCUCGCCCCCGCCGCCCAAUUGCAGCCCCAACACACCUUUCAAAGUGAUCAACCGAUGUACGAAUUGCCGACAACGAGGCCACAACCGAAAAACGUGUCCACUUCCCGAAACACCGAAACCACCCCAGCCUCCGCCACGACCCAGAGCCAAGGGAUGCUGUGGCUUGUGCGGCCAAGUAGGCCAUAAUCGUACAUCUUGUCGACUGGGGCUCCCCAAGUGA